UUUGUGAUAACCUUCUUAAUUUUUAGAGGGGUUGAUAAUGAGGUCCAUUCAUAUCUGGAAGGAGGGUGAAUGCUGUCGAGUUGAGCUCUCGGAGUGGCUCGCUCACACCAGAGGUCUCAGUACAUUUUACCUGUUUAAUAUUGCAAGCUCUUGAUUGUCUUUUAUGUACCAAACUGAUUCUGACCUCUGGGGAUUCAAAGGUGCCUAAGACAAGGUCUUGACCCUUUGGAAGCGCAAUGAAUAAUAGGUAACAGACAAUAUAACGUAAUGUCUUAUGAGCGUGCUAAAGGGGGCCCAGGGAGGAGGGUUAUGGAAGGUGUGAGGCACUUGGCCCAGACAUGGGGGUAGGAGAGGAACCCCAGAAGAGAAAACUUUACAGAGUCUUGCUGAGAGAAUUAAUGUUACCUAGGCAGAAGAGGGUAGGCCAAGCAUUUUUACAGAGGCAAAAGAGAGUGUUUAGUUUCAAGUUGUAACUCUUCUGCAGGCUGAAUUAUGGUGUCCACAGUUAGGAAAAGCCAGAGGUAAGGCUGUGGAAGUAAGGUGUGGACCAGGUUAUGAAGGACUCUGAAGGUCACAUGAAGGAAUCUAAUUUUUAAUCAAAGAGAAACAUUUUUUGGGUGUUUGGGUGGUUUAGUCGGUUAAGCAUCUGUAUUCAGAUCAGGUCAUGAUCCCAGGGUCCUGGGAUUGAGUCCUGAAUUGGGCUCCCUGCUUAGAGUAAGGUUUGCAUCUCCCUCUGCCCCUCGUGCUUGCCCCUUCUUGUGCUUGCUUUCGCGCACACGCUCUCUCUGUCGUGCAUACAUGCAAAAAUAAAUAAAUAGAAAAUCUUAAAAAAAAAAAAAAGAAAAGCAUUUAUUAAAUAUUUCUGGAACACCUACUAUGCACCAGGUCUGUUCUAGGCACUGAAGAGUCAGACAUGAAGAAAAUAGGUGAUAGUCAGGCUCUCCCAGAGUUUACAUUGUGCUCUGCAAUGCAUACUAUAAGCAAAUGAAAAUAUAUGUUAGGUGGGAAGGACUAUGAAAAGGAAAGGAAACCAGAGCGACAAUGCAGGGUGGGUUGCUGUUUUAUGCAGGGUGGUCAGGGACGUUUGCUGUGAUGAGGUGACAUUGGAACAAAUUGCUGGAGCAAAUGAAUAGGGAGCCACAUGCAAAUCUGCAGGAAGAAGCUUCCAAGUCAAGGGAAUGGUCAAAACAAAGGCUCCAGAGCAGAAACAUGCUUGGUGUGUUCCAGGAAUCUGAAGGAGGAAGAGCAGUGGGUCAGGGGUGAGGUUCAAGAUGAAGUCAGAAACGUAGUAGGGGACAGAGUGGCAGGGGGAUGUGUAGGCCACUGUGAGGACUUUGGCUUUUACUUGGAGUGAACUGAGAUCCUGUUGGCAGUUUUUAAGCAAAGGAGUGAAUUGAUCUGACAGAUUUUAACGCGAUCACUCUGUUUGAUAUAUGGAAGACAGACCUCAGAGCAGGGCAUAAGUGGAGAAGGAGAGAAGUUAGGAGGUUGUAGCAGUAGUCCAGGUCAGAGGUGAUGGUGGCCUGGUUUGUAACAUGAUCAAAGGUUUGCAUUUUAGAAGACUGACUCCCAGAGCGGGUAGGAAAGAGAGUUGUGGGACCAAGAGUAGAACAGAAGCCAGUAGUUGCCCUGUUGAAGCAAGAAAUGACAUUUGUUGAACUAGACAUUUGUUUACUGGUUAGCAUUCCCUGCCAUGAGUACAGUGUGUUUGGGGAAGCAGAAGAAAAUCAGGAGCCCAUGUAUUAAAUACAGGGAAACUGGGGGCACCUCUGCUGGCUCACUGAGAAGAGAAUAGGACUCGAUCUCAGAGUUAUGAGUUCGAGCCCCACAUAGGUGCAGAGAUAAUUAAUUAAAAAUAAUAGAGAUGCCUGGCUGGCUCUGUUGGAGGAACAUGUGACUCUUGAUCUCAGAGUUGUGAGUUCAAGCCCUACGUUGGGUAUAGAGAUUAUUUAAAUAAAUAAACAUUUAAAAAUAAUAAGUUGAUUGGAGGGACCAGUUAGGCAAAGGAAUCCAGGUUGGCUGACAACCAAAGGGGCUGUAUGUUUACAGGACAGAGUAGGCAAUGAGGAGAAAGUGUUAUUUCUUACAACCUGACUUAAAAUGCCUGCCUCGAUCCAACCCCUUUUACCCUGCUGGCCAUGCCCAUCCCAAGCCCAGCCUCUCUUUUCAAGCUUGGUAGUCCCCAGAUUGGAUUCCCACUUUCUUCUCCGAUUCAAAUGGUACUUACUUCUUCAGGCCUAGCGCAUAGCCAGCCUUAUUUUCUGUCCUCCGCAGGCCUGUGGCACCUCGCUUUACUACGAGUUGUCUCAUACUGUGCUGUAAUGAAUAAAGCAUCUUAAAAUAGACUGGAACCUACUCAAGGACUGCAGUGUUUUUCAGUUGCAUAUUUCCUUCUGCCACAGUGGAUCUGGUAAAGCCAGGCACCUAGUGAAUGUCUCCUGCCAUCUUCCCUGGCACAGUCCAGAUCCCUGAUUUCUGUCGGAAAAAUCUCUCACAUUCCAGCACUUCCUUGUUCCUGCAGGAAAACAGCCACAGUGUUGAGCAAGAAUACGGUAUGGAGGAGCCAGUGUUGGGUGUGGAUGUGGUCAUGAUCCUCUCUCAACAGGAGGAGGGCUCUCUCCUGUCUUCUCUAGAAUUCACAUCUCUGUCAGGAAACCAAAGUUCAGUGUGAAUCAGAUACUUGCUGGACACUGUGUUUUCAAGUUAAAGAAAAAAAGGAAUCAGUGACAUUCAAAGAUGUGGCUGUGGACUUCACCCAGGAAGAAUGGCACCACGUGGACCCUGCUCAGAGACGCUUGUACAGGGAUGUGAUGCUGGAGAACUAUAGCCACCUGGUUUCUCUUGGGUAUCAAGUUUCCAAGCCAGAGGUGAUCUUCAAAUUGGAACAAGGAGAAGAGCCGUGGAUAUCAGAGGGAGAAAUCCAGAGACCUUUCUGUCCAGACUGGAAGACGAGGCCUGAAGCCAAAUCAUCACAUCUGCAAGAGAGCAUCUCUACAGGAUCCCGUAGCACAGAUGGCCUUUCACAUGCCACUUUCCAAAGCACUUGGGAUGUUGGUAGCCAGUUUGAGAGGCACCAGGAAAACUGGAAAAGGUACUUGGGGCCAGAUGCAUCCAACCAGAAGAAAAUAAUCACGCCAGAAGAAAACUUCCAGCAAAAUAAAUUUGGUGAAAACUCUAGAUUGAACACAGUCCUAGUUACACAACUGAACAUUCCUUCAAGGCCUAAUGAAUGUGGUACAUUUGGAAGCAAUUUGGGACAUACUUCAGAUAUAAUUAAUCAGAAUAACAUCCUUGCGAAAAAGAAACCUUAUAAAUGUGACAAAUGUAGAAAAGCCUUUAUUCAUAGAUCAUCGCUUACUAAACAUGAGAAAACUCAUAAAGGAGAGGGAGCUUUCCCCAAUGGUACAGAUCAGGGUAUUUAUCCUGGAAAGAAACACCAUGAAUGUACUGACUGUGGGAAAACCUUCCUCUGGAAGACACAACUUACUGAGCAUCAGAGAAUUCACACUGGGGAGAAGCCCUUUGAAUGUAAUGUGUGUGGGAAGGCCUUCAGGCAUAGCUCAUCCCUUGGUCAGCAUGAGAAUGCUCACACGGGAGAGAAGCCUUACCAGUGCAGUCUCUGUGGGAAAGCCUUCCAGCGCAGCUCUUCCCUUGUUCAACACCAGAGAAUUCACACUGGAGAGAAACCCUAUCGAUGCAAUUUAUGUGGGAGAUCUUUUAGGCAUGGCACGUCCCUCACUCAGCAUGAGGUCACACAUAGUGGAGAGAAACCCUUCCAGUGUAAGGAAUGUGGGAAAGCCUUUAGUCGAUGUUCUUCCCUCGUCCAGCAUGAAAGGACUCAUACGGGAGAGAAACCUUUUGAAUGUAGCAUAUGUGGGAGGGCUUUCGGUCAGAGUCCAUCCCUUUAUAAACAUAUGAGGAUUCAUAAGAGAGGCAAACCUUACCAAAGCAAUAACUAUAGCAUAGAUUUCAAGCACAACUCAUCUCUUACUCAAGAUGAAAGCACCGUCGCUGAAGUGAAAUCCUAUCAUUGUAAUGACUGUGGGGAAGACUUCAGCCUCAUUACUGACUUUACUGAUCAUCAGAGGAUCCAUUCCAGACAGAACCCCUAUGAAUGUGAGCAGAACUUUAGUCAACAACCUGUUUCUCAUCCUGGAGAGAAACCCUAUCAGUGUAAUGUAUGUGGAAAAGCUUUCAAAAGGAGUACAAGCUUCAUAGAGCAUCACAGAAUUCACACUGGAGAAAAACCCUAUGAAUGUAACGAAUGUGGAGAAGCCUUCAGUCGGCGCUCGUCACUUACUCAGCAUGAGAGAACCCACACUGGAGAGAAACCCUAUGAAUGUAUUGACUGUGGGAAAGCCUUCAGUCAGAGUUCAUCCCUCAUUCAGCACGAGAGAACGCAUACUGGAGAAAAACCCUACGAGUGUCAUGAAUGUGGGCGAGCCUUUCGGAAGAAAACCAAUCUUCACGAUCAUCAGAGAAUUCAUACCGGAGAAAAACCCUAUGCGUGUAAGGAAUGUGGGAAAAACUUCAGUAGGAGUUCAGCACUAACUAAACACCAGAGAAUCCAUGCACGAAAUAAACUGUAGAAGCCCUGAUAUUAAGGAAUGUGCAGAAAAUUUUAGCUAAAAUAUUGUUCUUAUUUAGUAUCUGAGAAUUCUUACUGGAGAGGAAGCUUGAGAAUGUGAGGGCUCUGUGUGUGUGUGUGUGUGUGUGAGAGAGAGAGAGAGAGAGAGAGAGAAGAGAGCUCUGUGCUAGUGAAAAAAAAUUUUUUUUUUAAAUAAAUAGAAACUACAUUCUCAAAUCUGAUUAUAGACUUUUGUAAAAACAACUACAAACAUCAUAUAUAACCAAUUGGAAAGGAUAUGCCUAUGUAUUGGACUUUAUAAAGCUUUUGAAUAUAUGUAUGCAGGAGAUCAUCAACUUUGAACAGUUUGACUUGUAACUCUGUGUUUACAACCUUUUUUAAUAAAGCUCCUGCAGUAAUGACCAAAA